CAGCUCCUUGACAUUUAAAAUUCAGACAAUGCCAAUUGACGGACACACGGCCAAACGGUCGGCUGCCGACUCCACCACCUCCAAUGCCAAGCGCCAGCGCACCUCCAAGCCUGGCCACACGCCCGACUGCGACGACACCGGAUUGCACCGCGCUGACCGCAAUGUCGUCACCACGCUUUAUGAGACGGCCAUUAGCAAGUUUGGCGCCGAGCCGUCCAUUGCCCAUGCGCAGACACUGAUACAGUUUGCCGAGUAUGUUGAUUUUGGCGACCUUGCGGAGGAUGCUGUCAGAAUCGCCGACAAGUGCAAAGACGACAAGGACAAGAGCGAGGUGGCGCUGAUCAGGAGCCGCAAGGCCGUGCUCGAGGUGUGUGACGAUGCCGAAGAAGCUGCGAGGGAAAUCGUGGGUGCCGAUAAGCUCGCCAAGGCGUCUGAGGACAUUGUCAGUGCUCUUGUGCCAAUCAAGGAUUCUGCCGACUCUGCAGCCCUCUACAAUGCCAUCGAUAUCCUGCUGGCGUCGCUGGUUGCGCGGUCCGAGGUGCCUGCGCUGACACGCAAGCUCAAGCUCAACAUCCUGGAAAUUGCGCUCAAGGCUGCAGACACCGCCAAUUUGUGGGCUCACCACGCAGACACAAAGGGCAAGAGCACUCUGGGUGUCACUGACACUACUCUUUUCACUACCGCCAAGGCUGUGUUCCGGUGGGCGCUUGUCGCUGCGGAGAGCAUGGAAGAGACCGGACUGAUCGAGAAGCGCCUGGAGCCGGCUGUCCAGUACCUGGAAGCACGCCAAGCCGACAUUGACUGCUGCAAGCUGCUGGCGCAGGUGCUGAUGGUGCUGAGUAGCGUAACCAGUGACGAGGAUGAGGCAAUUGGCGCAUUUGACCGUGCAGUGGAGGCGCUCAACAGGGCCCACCAGCUGGACCCUACAGAUGAGGAUGUCAAGAGCCAGCUAGAGGACCUGGGGAGCACAGACAAUUGACCCGUCCCACCCCACGCUUUUACAAAACAAGGUAGAUAGGGUUUUGUAUUGGGUUUGAACAAAAUAAAAGAACGGUUUA